UCAUAUGAGACAUGCCCGAGAAGACAAGGAGAUUAUUUAAGUGUUCAAAAUGUGGAAGAGGAAAAUUUUCAAAUGCAAAAAGAUAAGGACUGGAAAUGAUUACGCUCUCAGACAGACUUACCUACAAAGACCGCCGUCUGAACAAACAGUGAAACAUUUAACCAAGCAACGACAAAACUCAUCAGAAAAACCUGAUGUUAUGAAGAUAGCUGAAGAUGAUGAAAUUACAGAAGAUCCAGAAAUUGACGAAUCUAACAAAAUAGAAAGUAUUAAGGAAAAUCAUGAUGAUCUUGACGGUAAAAAAAAAAUAAAGACAAAACCUGUUGCAUGCAUUGAAUGUGUAAAACCCAUACAGGUUUUCAAAAGAGAAGAAAUAAAUAGAGGGGAUCAUAUCAAAUUCCAUGGGCGAAUAUAUGAUCACCAUGCAAUUGUAGUCGAUGUAAAACAUUCAGAAGAGAAAGAUCAUAAAGUAGUCGUGAACUUGGUGCAUGCAUCAAACACGGCAUCUGGUGUAGUAUAUGCUUGCAUACGGCCAUGUGCUAGCAAAGCAAAACUAUUAAACGAAACGAAACAAAUAAAUUUGAAAAAGAUUAAAGUGAUGGUUUAUAAAUAUUCGGAUACAAUUAAACAUUCUUUGCCCGAAGAGAUCGUCAAUAGAGCGGUGACAGCGAAAUCAAAUCCUGAUUUCCAUUACAACUUACUAAAUAAUAACUGCGAGCAUUUUACAACAUGGUGCGUUACAGGAGAGAGACUUAGCUUGCAAGUUAGAAAAAUAAGAAUGGUAGUGCGACUUUUUUUGAAACGAGGAUUUAAAGGUAUCGGCGACGAAGAACUUCGAAAUAGAAUUGAAUGUGAAAAUGGAAUGCUCUGUAAACCGUGUUUCGAGAGAAAUCGAAAAUUAUUAAGUGUUGCAAAUCAACCAAUCAAAUCAAAAGAUGACGUGAAGAUCGGUGAUAUUAUAAAAUACAAAUAUUACAGAUGUUGGCAUGCUGCUGUCGUGCUAGAAAUUGAAUCACACGACAGGUCACUGGAGUGUAAAAUAGCUCAUUAUGCAUUUCGUGGUUUACAUAGACAUAGAAAAAUUCGGGAGGAAACAUUAAGAAUUCCGUUCGAUGGAAGUGUAAAAGUAACUGAUUUCUCCAAGACUGACUAUGCUGUCUACGCUCCAGAUGAAGUGGUGGAAAGGGCCCGAAGUAGGUUUGGCGAAAAACGUUAUGAAUUUUUUUCAAAUGAUUCAAGUCAUUUUGCUCGUUGGUGUAAACUUCAAUUGUACAGAUAUCGAAAUUGACCGCUACUAAAACCUAUAUUGUUACAUGCAAUAUUUAGGAAACGUAUGCCUAAAAUAUGUCUUUUAGAAAUUUUUGUAUGUAAUUAGUUGCAUAUCUGAUAGUUACAUAGUAAAAAUGGUAAAAUAGGUCAAUCUCAAAAACAUAUUAAGCAUUGAUGAAGGAUCUUGGAGUUUACUUUCAAUCCCAGAUUUUUAUCCGAUAAAACAAAUCAAUGGGUUUAGUUAGGAAUCAAUGAACUUUUUUUUUCCUGAAUCUUGGAAUUUCGACUUCUUCUUGUCCUUCAUCAGAGUCGAGAUCCCAUAUGUUCUCAUGAGUGUUAAUUUUAUUGUUGUCCUUGUUUGAAAAGUGUUCCUUGCUUCGGUGAGAUUUUGCUAAUUCGUCAAAGUCAACUUCCAAUAGUAAAGUAUCUAUUUUGCUCGAAUGAAGACCUUUUGACAAUGAAGUGGGAUAAUACUGAACAAGAACUCAAUGUGUUUAUUCAACAUGCCAACGAUGCUCAUCCCUCAAUAAAAUUCACUUUUUAAAUCGUUGGCUCUAAGAUAACAUUUUUUGACACAGCCCCGAAAGAGAGGGAUGGAACCAUAUUUACUGAUCUGUAUUGCAAGCCCACAGACAAACAUCAAUAUCAAUCUUCUCCUUUGAGUUGUCAUCCUAAACAUUGCAAUAAGAGCAUUCCCUACAGCCAGACAAUCCGAAUAAAACCACCAUUGAUACCAUAAAAAGGCGACUACAGAAACUUCGCCGACACCUAACAUAUUGGGCUACAGAAGAAAAGACAUUGAUAGAGGUUUCACUCGUGCUAACAACAUCAGCCGAGGUGAACUUUUAUAAUAUAAAGAAGAAAAGGUCAACAAAAGAGUGCCGUUUGUGCUGACUUACUAUCCCAAAUUUGACAAGUUAUCACACCUUUUCGCGAAAAUUGGAAAGAAAUCGAAAAACGUCCUACACUGUCUUCCCCAAGCCACCCGUACUGGCUUUCCGUAGGCACAAAAGCCUCAAACACUUUGUCCUCUAAAUCAGGCUCUUCGUCAGUGGGAUCUUGCCAGGGGUGUGGAAACAAACGAUGUCUGAUUUGCAAUUAAAUACUAGUACUGAAUACCCAUAUUUUAACAGUAACUCCACUGGUACGGAAUACACCAUAUUUUGCAACGUAAAUUACAAGACUGCAAAUGAUGUGUAUCUUAUACUGUGUAAAUGUGGUAAACAGUAUGUUGGUGAGUCAGAACAGCCAUUUCACAAACGUAUGUACAGCCAUCGUAGUGACUAUGAAUGCAAGCCAGACCUUUCUCUAAGUCGACAUUUGAGAUUCCCUCAAUCGACUGACUAUAACCAUCAUAUACCACAACACUACUUGGUCAGGGGGGACAGACUUACUCGGAAAAGAUUUUGGAUAAGAAAAUUAAAAACGUUGGCACCAAAUGGGAUCAAUGAAAAGAUGUAGUUCUAAUCGCGCAGUGCUUUUUGUUUAGGUUGUAUUAUUACGCAGUCUCUGUUGUAAUUCCUUUACCUUCGUCAACUGAAUUUCUAGCAGUAUACCAGUUUAAAUCGCACGGUGCUCUUCGUCUGAGAUGUAUAAAUGCGGAGCCAUGGUGUAAUUACUUAACCUUCUUAAAAUUUCAAAUAUGAAACUUAAAAAUUAUACCCGUUCAGAUCGAAAAUUGCUAUUCAUUUGAGAUGUAUAAAUACGCAGCUUCUGUUGAAAUUACUUAACCUCUGUCAACAUAUCAAAAUAAGUAAGACAUAACGUGACUUCGAUGACGUAGCAAUCCGCCAUCUUUAGUAAAUUUGACUCAGAAAUUGCAUAGGCCCUUCAAUAAACUAUAUUUUUACCGUUAAUCCGACCUGUUUUCUAACUUCGGCUGCUCUUCCCUUUAUCUUCGAACAUAAAUAUUUCUUUAAAUGUUGACCCUGACAGUUUGAAUUUAGAUGAAAUUACGUCCCUGAUCAAUUGUAAAUAUUGCUAUUUUUCUCCUCCUCUGCCCGUUGACUG